GUGACCUCUCGCGAGAAUUCCGUCUACACCGCAUAAACGAACUCGCUAACGAGGCUAACAAGUAAACGAUCUGCCAUUGAAUAACAUGUCUACACAAAUGGCGUGAAUGAAGGAGCGAGUAGAAACAUUGAGGAAUGGAGUGUAGAGAUAUCAAGGACCAGAGUCCUUUGGUCCAGGCUAUUUUCAGCCGAAAUACUGAAGAAGUGACAUUUUUGUUAGGCCACAGAGAGGAUGCCAAUUCUUUGGACCAUGAACAAAGCACACCCCUUCAUGCUGCUGCCUACCUUGGCGACAUUCACAUUAUGGAACUACUUAUCACCGCUGGUGCCAAUGUCAACGCUAAAGACCAGGGUUUGUUGACUCCUUUACAUAGAGCAGCUGCCUCCCGAAAUGAAAGAGCUGUGGAGCUGCUGCUAAAGCACAGGGCCGAGAUCAACACACGGGAUAAAUUCUGGCACACACCUCUGCACAUGGCUGCAGCAAACUUGGCUACAAGCUGUGCUGAAUCGCUGAUACCUCAUGUGUGCAGCCUGGAUGUUUAUGACCGCUCAGGACGAACACCUUUGCAUCACGCAGCACACAGUGGACAUGGAGAGAUGGUGAACUUGCUUCUCAGCAAGGGUGCCAAUGCGAGCGGCAAAGACAAAAAGGAAAGGCAGCCGAUCCACUGGGCUGCAUAUCUUGGACAUUUGGACAUUGUGAAGAUGCUGGUUUCUCACUGUGCCGAUGUAACAUGUAAAGACAAAGGUGGCUACACACCGCUACAUGCGGCAGCAAUCAGUGGACAUGUAGAUGUGGUCAAAUAUCUUUUGGAACUUGGAGCUGAGACUGAUGAACCAAACACAUUUGGAAACGCCCCACUCCACAUGGCCUGCCAUACGGGCCAGGAGGCUGUGGCCUAUGAGCUGAUCAAUUGUGGCGCCAACAUCAACCAGGCCAACUACCAUGGCGUCUCUCCCCUACACCUGGCCGCCGCUUCCUCCAGCGGGGUGCUGUGUGUUGAGCUGCUCAUUAAUAACGGGGCUGAUGUCAAUAUGCAGAGUAAAGCAGGGAAGAGCCCUUUGCAUAUGGCUGCUAUGCAUGGCCGCUUCACGGGCUCCCAGAUUCUUAUCCAAAAUGGUGGUGAAAUUGACUGUGUUGACAUAUACGGCAACACUCCGCUCCAUGUUGCUGCCCGAAAUGGUCAGGAGUUGUUGAUCAGCACUCUGUUGACUAAUGGUGCAGAUAAAUCCAGACAGGGGAUCCAUGGGAUGCUUGCCUUACACUUAGCAGCGCUGUACGGCUUUUCGGACUGCUGUCGCAAACUGCUCACAAAUGGCCAGUAUUACAACAUUGUACACUCUCCGACAAGCUGCCAGACACCGUCCAUUGGAUUUGAUAUAAACUCACAGGAUGAACUUGGGAGGACCUGUAUGCACGCAGCUGCAUUUGGAGGAAAUGUUGACUGUCUUAACAUGUUGCUGAACAGUGGAGCUGAAGUUGAUGUCAAGGAUCAUUUGGGAAGAUCUCCUUUGCACUACGCUGCAGCCAGCGGCAACAGCCAGUGUACAAUCACACUGGUGAGAGGCGGCUCGGAGAUCAACGAGCUAGACCUGAUGGGUUGCAGCCCUCUUCACUAUGCUGCUGCGUCACUCACGUUCUUCGGAGGGGAGACGAGCUCUGACUGCAGAAUGGAAAAGGAACAAGAAGCCUCUCUUUGUUUAGAGUAUUUACUGGACAGUGGAGGAAAUCCAACUUUAAAGAAUACUAAAGGUUACAGUGCUGUCCACUAUGCAGCAGCUUACGGCAACAAGCAGCAUUUGGAAAUGCUGCUGGUGAUUUCUUUCAACUGUCUAGAAGAAGCCGAAAGUAAUAUCCCCGUUAGUCCGCUGCACUUAGCUGCGUAUUAUGGUCACUGUGAGGCCCUUCAUCUGCUAUGUGAGACCUUAGUGAGUCUGGAUGUCCGAGACAUCGAGGGGCAAAGCGCCCUCCACCUCGCCGCUCAAAGGGGCUUUACCUCGUGUGUGGAGGUUCUACUGGAACAUCAAGCUUCCUGCAUCCUAAAGGAUCAUAAGCGCAAGAGGACUGCUCUCCAUGCUGCAGCUGCAGAGGGCCAUGUGGACUGUCUGCUUUUGCUGGUGAAUAGAGAACACAGUGCUGACAUAAUUGACAGCCAAGACACACAAGGACAGACUGCACUCAUGUUGGCAGCGUUGGGUUGCCACACAGAUUGUGUCCACAUCCUUUUAGAGAAAGGAGCCAAUCCGGAUGUCGGCGACAAAAAAGGCUUCACUGCAUUACAUCGAGCUGCCAUGCUGGGGAGCAGUGAGUGUACCUCAGCUUUAUUAGAACAUGGCGCCUCUGCUCUGUGUCGAGACUCUCAGGGAAGGACGGCGCUGCAUCUCGCUGCGUCCUGCGGCCACGCACAGCUACUGCACACUUUACUACAAACUGCAGUGAAAGCAGACCCUCUGGACUCCAUGUUGGAUUACAGAGGCUACACGCCCACUCACUGGGCUGCCUACCAUGGUCAUGAAGGAUGUUUACGCAUUUUACUUGAAAACAAGCGUUUUGGCAACCAGGAAGGAAAUCCCUUCAACCCAUUGCACUGUGCUUUAAUUAAAGGGCAUGAUGUUGCUGCUGUACUUCUUGUGAAGGCAGUUGGUCCUCAAAUCGUUAAAAUUUGCGAUGCCAAAGGAAGAACUCCGCUCCAUGCAGCGGCCUACUCUGGAAAUGUUACAGGGCUCCAACUGCUCCUAGCCCAGGGGGCAGAGCUCGAUGCCGUGGACCACAGUGGAUGCUCCGCUCUGAUGAUUGCCGCUGAUUGUGGGCAUAGCAUGGCUGUUGAAUUCUUGCUGCAAAAGGCCAAGGCAGACCUGACCCUGGCGGAUGUCAAUAAUAACACAGCCCUUCACUUAGCGUGCACUAAGGGUCACGAGAUGUGCGCCCUGUUGCUUCUCGGAGAAAUCAGUGAUCACUGCCUCAUAAAUGCACCAAAUAGCGCACUCCAAAUGCCCCUUCACAUCGCGGCAAGGAAGGGUCUGGCGACUGUUGUGCAGGUCUUACUCAGCAGAGGAGCAGCAGUCAUGGCUGUGGAUGACGAAGGCCACACCCCAGCCUUGGCCUGUGCCCCCAACAAGAAAGUGGCCGACUGCCUGGCCCUGAUUCUCUCUACCAUGAAGCCUUUACCCCUACGAGAGUCCAACACCAGCACGGCUUCCUGCUUCAACCCCACCCUGAAUAACUGCGGUAUUGCCGCCACUUGCGGGUCCAACGGAAGCUUGCGUCACUCCUACGUCAAGGGCCGUUCAAGCUCCAUCGGCCUGCACCAGUGUCUCACUGAGUGAGCGUUCUUAACUAUCACUUCCUCUGACGUAUCGUGGUAUCCUGUCUAUACAUCAUCAACAUUUACUAACAGUGUCUCUAAAGUCUUACACAAACUAAUAUUAAACCUCAUCACAUACUGUAUGUUUAAGUUAAAUCGCAAAAUUGAAGUAGAAGACAGCACACAAUCCGUCCUCUUGAACCAUGGUUGCUGAUCUUUUUUUGUAGCUCUUCACAUAGGCUGAAACCUUUCUUUGUCCUCUGCUGCUAUCAACCAAAAUGCUUGAUUGUGUUUACAUGUGAAGUGUGUGGGUGUUUCUCCGCUUGUGCAUUAUCUGAAUUAGUUUUUAAUUAUGUAUUAAUAUCUAUCUUGAAAUGGUAAAAUGGUAUCCUUUUAUGCAAGUAAGGUGUAGCAGACACUACAUAGACUGAAGCUUCUUGUAAGUCUUAUCAGGAUCCGCAUAGUUAUAUUUCCGCAUGUGUAUUAUUAUUUUUUUCAUCAAAUGAAGGAAUAACCUAAUACAUGUAAGCUGUGGUGCAAUUUCAAGCACAUUUUAGGCAGGGCAUAGUAAUAUUACUGGAUGUCAUAGUAAAGUAUUACAGUAAAUAAGCAAGAGAAUAGAACAAUGAGGUCACUGAGUAAAUAUGAUUUAUGCACAAGGACCUUUCAUACCAUUUUACAACAGCAAAUGUCUCAAAUAUUUUUAUUUUAUUUUUUAUUGUGUAAACAAUGUAUUUCUGUGACCUGAACAUACCGGUAUUAUUGAAAGAAAUUUAAUUUCUCACAUCACUCACAGAGGCUGAAAAAUUUCAAAGCUAAAUUUCAUUGUCUCCAACACUGUCAACUAAAGAUUUACUGACAUUCAGUAAAAGUUAAAAAAUAUAUAUUGCAUAAACAUAAGCAAUAAAAUUUUACGUAAAUUAUAUUCAACUUUAAUUGGGUUGUUGAUGAUUGUUUACUUUUACUCAUGUGAUCUUUUAUUUUUUUAAUUCAAUGCCUUGUGGGUUAUAUGCGCUCCAACAUAGAUGUUUACAUUUCACAGUAUCCUGCAGAUAUUAAUUGUGAUGUUAGAAAUCCCUUUGUUUUAAGAUGAUUAAAACCUAUGCAGUUUGAGAAAUCCCCUUGUUUUAUCUGAAUUUAAUGUAAGACUAAGAAUAACAUACGCAUGAAUGCUCUUCAUGGGAACUGUCUUCCAUGCAUGCAGGUUUUUGACUUUUCAGGGUGUGUCAACUCAAAUUCUGUGCAUAUAACUAAGAAAAUAAAAAGUCUACGUUA